UCUGUGAGUUUAGCAGAAAGACGACACACACCUUGAAGACAACAACUUGGAACACACAAGCAAUCAAGAUGAUGAGGAUGAAGAAGCCAGUUAUUCUGGUGACCUGUGUCCUGCUUCUCUCCACGCUCACUGUGUUGGCAUCUGAAAACACCUAUGGUCCAGCUGUGUGCUGUUUUCAGUUUAUCGAGAAAAAGCUGUCUAAAAACCGUGUGUUGACCUACAGAUACACAAACAAACAAUGUCCAAAGAAAGCUGUGAUUUUUACGAUGAAGAAUGGCAAAGAAUUCUGUGCCAACCCGGCUGAACAGUGGGUGAAGGACAUCAUCUCAGGAAAACUGACCAAAAUGAAUGCUUAAAAAGUGAACUGACCUUUUUAUCACGUAACUUUACAUCUCAUACGCAUUAAAGCAGCAGUGCUUGUGUAGCAUAACCCACUAUACAGUAUAUCUUCAAAUUCUUUCUUUUUCUAAUCAACAUUUUUCUACUGGCUUAAAAAGUAAAUGCAAAUAUCUCCACCAAUGAUGUGUCUUGGGUUGACCUAUAAUCUUUAUUUGACAGUUAAUCAUGCUUACUAACAUUGUUUUCUGAUGUCCUAUUAAAAAACUCAAAGUGAAA